GAACCGCGUGCCGCGCGCGUGUUUCGCCGCCGUUAUGCGCUCCGGGUAGUGCCCAGCUACACAGCCACCAUGCUCGUGCCCCCCGAGAUGAUGGCGGCCCAAUCCAAGCUCGUCUACCAGAUGAACAAGUACUACAACGAACGGGUCGCCAACAGGAAGGCGCAGAUCGCCAAGACCAUUCACGAGGUCUGCCGGAUAGUGCAAGAUGUACUCAAGGAGGUCGAGCUGCAAGAGCCCAGGUUCAUAUCUUCGCUCACGGAUUACAACGGUCGGUUCGACGGCCUCGAAGUGGUGUCGCCGCACGAGUUUGAAAUCGUAAUCUACUUGAACCAGAUGGGGGUUCUGAAUUUCGUCGACGACGGUUCCCUUCCAGGAUGCGCCGUCCUAAAGCUCAGCGACGGCCGCAAGCGCUCAAUGUCCCUGUGGGUGGAGUUCAUCACCGCCUCCGGAUACCUGUCCGCGAGGAAGAUCCGAUCCCGGUUCCAGACGCUGGUCGCGCAGGCGUGCGACAAGUGCUCCUACAGAGAUUGCGUCAAAAUGAUCGCAGAAACAACGGAGGUGAAAUUGCGGAUCCGGGAACGGUACAUCGUGCAAAUAACGCCGGCAUUCAAAUGCGCCGGCCUGUGGCCUCGGUCCGCGGCGCACUGGCCUCUGCCGGCCAUCCCCUGGCCCCAUCCGAACAUAGUGGCCGAAGUGAAAACCGAAGGGUUCGAUUUGUUGUCAAAAGAGUGUUUAGCGUUGCAAGGGAAGAACUCCGCUAUGGAAGGUGACGCGUGGGUGUUAAGUUUCUUCGAGGCUGAAAACCGGUUGUUGCAAGGUGGCUGUCGGCGGAAAUGUUUGAGUAUAUUGAAGACGAUCAGGGACAGGCAUUUGGACUUGCCAGGGAAUCCAGUCACGUGCUAUCACAUGAAGACGUUACUUUUGUACGAAUGCGAGAAGCACCCGCGGGAGCACGAGUGGGACGAGGGUGCAAUAGGCGACAGGAUAAACGGAAUAUUCCUGCAGCUGAUAUCUUCCCUGCAGUGCCGGCGGUGUCCGCACUACUUCCUACCGCACGUAGAUUUGUUCAAAGGGAAAUCCCCGACGGCGCUGGAGAACGCAGCGAAGCAAGUAUGGAGGCUCACCAGGGAAAUGCUCACCAAUUCCAGGGCAUUCGAGAAGUUGUGAACUGUAAUGCUGCCGAGCAGUGCCAGUGGUGUACCGAUAAUGUAAUCUACGAGUCAUUUUCUGUAGGUUUAGGGGAGGAAGCAUUUGUUUGUGUGCUUGAAUCUAAUAGGAAAGCUGUGGCAGCAGUGAUUGAUGUAUUGCGAAUGUUGAAUGUGCAAAGUUAAUUCCAUUUGGAUCGGACUGACUGUAAGUAGAAGUGAUACUAGUACUAGGCUAGGACCCUCUCGAAAUAUAAUUUUGUGAUAUAAUGUAAAU